AUGGGUUCUGGUAUACUUCGAAAAGAAUCAAAAACUACUACAAAAAGAACAACUCCCAAAAAAAAAUCUACAGCAAAAGAAUUUUUCGAAAAGAAUAAGGAUAAAUGUAUUCCAAUUAGUAUUGAACAAUAUAACGCGUUUAAUACUGGUAAAAAUGUUAAACCUGAUAAAAGGAAACCUAGCCCAGCUAAAUGUUUAAAAUGUGGUAGUAGAUUCAAACAUUUUUGGGAAAUUAAAAAACACCUUCAAACAAUUAAAUGUAGCGAUACAGUUCCAAAAUUAAUUGCAAAGGAAAAAACGGUUAAUGAAAAAGAAGACAUAUCUGAAGAUUUGUAUGAAAAAUGUAGUUGUGGUAAAUUAGUUAUGAAAGAUACUAUGAAACAGCAUUUAGAUUCAAGUCAUAAAAAAGGUAGAGAGGUAUGCUUGCCAUGUAAAACUACCAUUGCAAUUGGAAAAGAGGGUAUGAAUAUACACAAAAAAAGCUAUCAACAUCAAAUAUAUUCAGGUGAGUUCUUAGACGAGAUCUUUUGCAGCUUAUGUGGUAUGAAAUUUCAUAGUACAAAGGCUCUCGCUCAACAUGAAAGAUUAUUCCAUAAAAAUCAAAAUAAAGUUGAGUCGAGCGACAGGAAAAGUAAAUUAAAUUUUUCAAAUUCAGAUAAACUUCUUGGCUUAGUACCACCUCAUCCUUUUGAAAAAACCAAUAAUGAAAGUUUAGAAGUUUUCAAACAAAGAAAAUCAUAUUUAGAAUUUGAUGGCAAAAGUUUCAACACCAGAGAAGAAUUAGAAUCAUAUGCUUUGAAUGAAAAUCCAAAUGGAUAUUUUUGUUUAGGAUGUAACAAAAUUCUUGAUUCAAAAAGAAAUUGGAUCUACCAUGUUACUAAAAAUUCAUGUUUAAAAGUUUAUGUUAGCAGUGAAGAAGAUUUUGUUGAAGAAUUAAAAGGAUACCCAAUUGUUCCAUCAAGUAAGAGCACAUUACACAGGGUGUUAUCAUGUGAUUUAGGAGACAUGAUUUAUUGUGAUGUUUGUUACAAGGAUGGAAAAAGCAUGAAAUUUUCAGCAACACAUGAUCUUAAAAUCCACUGUAUAUAUAAUCAUGGUAUAUUUGAUGACACAUAUAAACUUUCCCAUCAAGAUAUGGUAAAUGAAAUGAAUGGAUUUAAUUUUGAAGAUUCAAGAUCACUUGAAAUUUUUCACGAACAUUACAAAUUUUGUGAAAAAUGUUGUUCCUGGUUGUCGAACUAUAAACACCAAUCACACCUAGGUGUGACAUGUUCAAUCAGGGCUGGUUGGGUGACUCAAAUUCUUAAUGCCAUUCGUUUGUGGGAUGGUAAAAUGGUCCAAUUGAAUUUAAAUUCUGGUGGUGAAACUGGUAUGAAUUAUCCUCAAUACGUGUUUGAACCUAAAUCAUUGGAAAUUAUUAAUGCUGAUUUGGAAGCUGUCAAAUUUAGUCAUGCAAACAAAUCGGGUGAUAGUAAAAUUCAACUCAUAAGUGAAUCCAAAGAUGCUGUUAAUAAAGUUGAAGAUGGUAGUGGCCCCAAGUCUGGUGACUUUUUGAUUGAUGGUUCACAUGUCAAUGGUGAAGACGUAUGUUCAUUUACAUAUAAAAAUGUUCAAAACGUUGGAGAUGUAGCUAAAAUUAUCAAUUGCUGCCAAGUUUUUGAUGUCAUUUGUUUAAAUGAGUUGAAUCAAAGCAUUUCAAUGUUUGAGUCCCUUUCUAGAAACAAUGGCAAUUAUGAAUAUUUUGGAAACUCAGGAGAUAGAGCAGGAAUAUUGCUUAGAACCAAUAAGCUAAAUGUGGUAGAAAAAUAUAACAUAAAAAAUUCAAUGCCUCCAAAUUUUAGAAACAGGAUCACCGAUAUAACAUUGGAAUUGAAUGGUAAAAAAUUAUUAAUUGUAUCAAUCUACGCGUUUGCUACAAAAAGUGAUAUUUUGGGAAAUUUUAGUGCUAGAGAUUUAGAAAAAAUUGAUUUUUUUAAGCUGCUUAUAAAAGCUAUUGAUGGAUAUGCUAAAGAAGAUCACGAACUUUUAAUUGCUGGAGACUAUAAUUUCAUUAAUCAAGAGGAUGAUGCAAUGAUAAAAAUAUGUGAAUGGAAAAAGCAUUAUGAUUUUCCAUUGGCAGAACUUUGGAACGAGUUUUCUGGAAAGAUUGGUAUCAUGUCUUUGCAACAUAACUUUAGUCAAGAAAAAGGGAUGAUAUCUGUCAUCAAUAAAAAGAAUAGUAGAUUACUUGAUCGGGUAUAUUCAUCUAAAUACAUCAAAGAUAGAAUAUUCAAGUUCAUCAGCCAACAUAAUCCAAAAUUGUCAGAUCAUUAUGACAAUUUCUUUUAUUUAUAUUUAGGUUCAGAUAGUAAUUCAUUUGAUGUAAAAGAUUUUAGCUGUCACACUGAUUUAAAUGAAUUAAAAUUUUUACUUCAAGAUUCUGAAAUUGUUAUGAAAGAUAAAGCAAUAACCAUUGAUGACUAUGAAGUUUAUGAUGCAUUGGAGCCAUUGGGACCAGAAGUAAUUGAGGGAAGUUCUAGAGAUAUGUUAUGUGAUCAAUUAAAUGAAGAAAUAUUAAAUCCAUCAUUCAAGUUGUAUUCAGAUGAAUUAUUUUCAGAAGCAAAUGAUAAUGAGAAAAGCAGAAUUCCACGAGAUGCUUCAUUUAGUUCCAUAUCAAACUUGUCAGACCAGUAUAUUGAAUUAAACAGAAAUUGGAAAAGCUUGUUAGAAGGAAUCACUUUGAAAACUAAAGAAGAUACAACUGUAAAUACUGAGUUGAUUGUUGGUCUGACCCUCGACAAUUUCGAUGUGGAUGAAGAUGAUAUUGUCGAUGAAGAACUUGUUGGGGAUUUAGAUCUUUAUAAUGAAAUGAUUAAUAAUGUUGAUGGCUACAAGAUUAUAAGAAAUAUUUAUUUCGAGGACAGAGCCCAUGAAGUUGAUAAUGCUGCAUAUAAUUUUGAACAAGAUCAAUUUAAUAAAUCAUCAUUCUCUAAACUUACUACAAGAGAUACUGGUCAAAACCUUACCAAUGACACCUUAUCAAAUGAAAGAAUAACAACAAGAAGUAAUGUUAUUUCCACAACAAGAAGUAAUGUUAACUCCACAACAAGAAAUUAUUCAUAUAAUAAUUUAAGCUUUUCUCAAUCAAAGUUUAGUCCAUGCUUCGAAACAAACGAAGAUUCUGAUAUUAACGAAGAUGAUUUUGUUGUAGGAAGCAGUGAAGGAGAUAUAUAUUAUUAUGAUGAGAAUAUUAAUUGUGAAUAUGAUUCUGAUAUUGAAUGUGUCUACAACAAAGACUUGAUUGAAGAAGAUGAAGAAUAUGAAAAUAUUGGUCCAGUCUUUGAAAUAUAUUGA